AUGGCGACUAAACGUAAACUCGUUGUUCUCAGUGUUUCCGAUGAACUUAAAAUAAUAGAUCAGUUGAAAAGUGGUGCUAGAUCAAGCUUAGCUCGGGAAUAUGGAGUUGGAAAAACCACAAUAACAGACAUUAAAAAGAACAGUGAUGCUAUUAAAAAAUUUGCAAGUGUACUUGACAGUGAGGAUGGAAGCUUGCACAGAGAAACGAUGAAAAUGGCAGAAAACAAGGAUUUGGACACUGCAGUUUACACUUGGUUCAUGCAAGUACAUAGCCAAGGACAACCGAUAAGUGGCCCUUUGAUUUGUGAAAAAGCUCUUCAAAUGAACAAGAAAUUAGGGGGUAACGCUGAUUUUCAAGCGAGUAACUGCUGGCUUAUGCGUUUCAAAUCUAGGCAUGGAAUUAGGGAACUGGACAUCCAGGUUGAAAAAUUGUCGGCUGAUACUGAAUCAGCUGAACGUUUGAAAAAGUCUUUUAAAAACAUGAUUGAUAAGGAUGGUUACAAAAAAACACAAUGUCUAUAA